AUGACUUAUCACUCCUCUCGUUUUGCUUCGGUGGGAACGUGGAUUAUCGAGUUCAUGGUAGUGGAGAUUACCCCUAUCUGUGUCCACAACAUCGGCUACAAAAUAUGGAUCAUUUUCAUUCUCCUAAAUGGGGUAAUCAUAGUACCAGUGACGUACUUUUUCUUUCCCGAGACAGCGAAGAUGAGUUUAGAGGAUCUCGAUCAUAUUUUCGACGAAAGUGGAAUCACCCGCGGAGUAUUGUCGAAGAAAACAGCUGUGGUCAACGACAGAGAGGACCUUGAAGACACAGCGAUCCCGAUUUCAUGCAUCCAAAAGGAGUGA